AUGAAAGCCUCCAAUUCAACUUCGAGUUUCUCGGAACCGUACGAAUCGAAACCUCUGCUGCGGGACCGAGACGGAGCUAAGUUGAAGAGCGUAUCGCCCUCGACGAGCGCCGCAGCCAUAUGGUGGAAGUCGAUGAAGCAGUGGCCCAAAGAAGUCUGGCUUAUAUUCCUAUUGAAGUACCUAGAGUCUUACGCCUACUUCGUAUUCGCUUACACCUUGAUAUUGUUCCUCUCGGACGAGUUCGGAUUCUCUGAUGAGGAAGCUGGCUGGAGUUACGGUUUUUACGGUAUGCUAGUUAGCGUGUACGGAUUUAUAAUGGGUACAGUUAUCGACACCCUAGGGCCACGGUGGUCCCUUACGGGUGGUAUGAGUAUACUGCUAGUAUCCAGGCUUGUGAUGGCAACGACUUACUCAACUCACGUACUUGCUGCAGUCCUUUUCACGGUCCUGCCCAUUGGUGGCGCUCUAGGCAUACCUGUGAUGCAAAUAGCCAUCAAACGUUUCACAGAGGGAGAGGACCGUUCCACCGCGUUCUCGAUGUUCUACGUAAUUAUGAACGUAGCAGCCAUCACUGCGGCCCCGUGCAUUGAUGCCUUCCACCGGGCUUUCCCUCGUGGAGUCGUCUUGACCUUAGCUGGUGGAGACGUCCACAUAACAGUGUCCAGCUAUCGUAUCCUCUUCCUCACUGGUGCAUUCGUCACAGCUCUCUGCUUGGUUAUAUGCCUGCUCUUCCUGAAGGACCCUCCUGUGGAAUCGAACGCUGGGCGAGAGAAGGUCCCCAGCCAGAUGUUUCAGGAGGUCAUGGCCAGUGAUGGUUUCUGGCGGUUCCUGCUACUAGUCGUACUGUUGAUGGGAGUACGAGUAAUUUAUCGUCAUAUGGAUGCCACUUUCCCUAAGUACAUGGUCCGAGAGUUUGGCCCUGAUGCCCUCUACGGCACCAUUAUCGCUCUCAAUCCUCUAUGUGUGGUGCUCUUGGUCCCCCUAUUGUCACCACUAGCUUUCAAGUAUCACCCGCUGAAGCUCAUAAUCUUCGGCGCUACAGUGACGGCUAUCUCUCCAUACUUCCUCGUCAUGGGCCACACCUACAUCACCUGCGUGUGCUUCGUCCUAUGCCUCUCCCUCGGUGAGUCAAUUUGGUCACCACGCCUCUACGAGUACACGGUUUCCAUUGCAGAGGACGGUCGAGAGGGGACGUACAUGGCGUUGGCUUCUACUCCCAUGUUCGUGGCUACACUGUUCACUGGAGCGGUAUCGGGUUGGCUUCUUGAUACGCUGUGUCCAGCCAGCGGUAUACGGCAUGCAGAGUUCAUGUGGCUACUGAUCGCUCUAGGGAGUACCAUUUCCCCGGUUCUUCUCUUCGUCUUCCGAGACGCGAUUGCCGGUAGCAAGUUGUCGGAAUUAGAAUGGCCAGUAGCGAAGCAUCAUGAGGGGGCAGAGCCUGAGCGGACUACUACCACAACUUCGAGUAGCAGCAGCAUUGCCGACAUUGAUCCGCACCGUCCAAAGGAGGCUAUUGGUGAUGGUCGUGAUGAAUGUCGUGGGAAGAUCCAGAAGAUAAUUAAGGUCCGGCUGCCUCAGGAGGGGGUUCGCCUUUAUGCUGGUGCCAAUAGUACCUUCGUGCGAGUUCUAUCUUUUAUCGAGGCCACGGAGUCAGUGGCGUCCACGGUAACGGCUGUUUUAUCUCUGAGCGGAGCAACCACGCAAGGUCUGUUACUCUAUUCGAUUCAUCCGGCCUUACAGUGGACUCUAUCUAUGGCCGAGAUCGGUGUUCUAGCCACUGCUGGCGCUUCGGUACUCACAAUCAUACGGGAAUAUUCAGGGGAUCUACCGCUGGCCUGGGAGGCCUGUAUGAGAAUCGGCAUCAUCCUAAGCCCUUGGGCGACGCUCGCGACCAGUGCAUUGCUGAUAGUGACCACUUCCUCAACAUGGGCUCCCUUCUAUGCGACUGUCUUCGCUCUCAAUACUGGAGGUAUCGCUUUUGCUGAAUGGACUCGUGUUAUCCUCAGAAAGACAUCAGGUGGCUUAACUAGAACGUUAGGGACGGUCGGGGCCUGGUUUGGAGCUUUUGUUGGGGCAGCCUGCUCUGUCAUUUUGACUGUGUCCGUUGCGAGUGUUACCGGUCCUCUAUCAUUGAUAUUAUAUUCCGGCCUUUGCCAGUUGGGCUGGGGUCAGGCCACCAUCGGACUUGCCGUCACUGGUGGUAUGAGUGCUGCAGGAGCGGUAUGCGGCGGAGUGGUGGGUGUUGCAGCCGGUACACUUAACAGCAUCAAUCUUAAAAGCUCCACCGCUGAAGCUCGCCGAUUCUGGUUCGACUGGCUCAGCUGUGAUGAGCAAUAUUUAACUCGGCCAGUCUCAGUCAUGUUCCCUCCGCCUUCUCUGCAGUAUCCCCCUGUGAUCAGCGGCUCGAUACCGCCUACAGCUGUUUCUGGCUCGGAGCCUUCUGUAUUCUGGCCAUCAUAUCGAGGACUUUCCGAUCAAACCGAUGCCAAGACCGAGGCCUCUAAGCCUCCGACUACAUCUUCUGUCGCGGAGCCGGCAACUGAGACUGAAGCGAAGAGGAUAAGUGCUGCAGUGGUCAAUGGCAGACGCACGUCCGCCGUUCCGUCGAGGAAGCCAGGGUGCAAGGGGGUCGCUCCCGAGAGGAUGUCUAAGAUGAAGGAGGAAGUGGAAGAUAACGCCGUUAACGAGCUGAACGCUGAGCUGAAAGAGCUUCUUCAAGAAGCCCGCCUUAGCGAGGAGCGAUAUAAUUGCAUCAAGCUUGAGAUUGAUACACUUCGCGACCUCAAUCGCAGCAGGAGUGGCCUCAUCGCUGAAGCCAAGAGGCUAGUCCAUUCCUUAAGAGAGGAAUUGUUGGAAAAGGAGAUCUCCCUCAGACAACUUCAAAACGAGAAGGAGCAGCUGGAGCUGGAUCUCAGACUCGUUGACGAUGAUGCUCGCUUUUUCGAAGAAGAGUUGACUAGAUUACAGACGAGAGUCAAGAGAGCUCAAGCAGAAGCCGACGCAACCUUCAUUCGUGAAGAGAUGGCCAAUCUGGAGGCUGGUGGAGGAGAUGAAGAUGAUGAUGAAGAAGACGAAGGCGAAGACGAAGACGAAGAAGAAGAGAAUGAUCAUGAUGAUGAAUAUGAUGAAUAUGAGGAGAAUAGCAGCGAGGAAGAAGGGAUAGAUAACUACGAGUGCGACGAAGAUAACAGCAGCAGUAACCUCGCUGAAAACUCUGGAAUCGCGGCCCGUGAGAAUCUGGAGCAGUUCCUCGAGAUGAUGAUGGAGUUGGAACAGCUCAAGCUUGAAGCCCAAGCUGCUGAUGAAUUGAACCAGCUCGCCGAGGCACGAACUCGACUGCUUUACGGCGAUCGUAAACUUGCGUUCCCCUCUGGUUUCGUGUCUCCCAGUAUGUUGAAGAGAAGCGUUCUCCGUCAGGCGCUGGAAAAGGACGAGUCUGUGCGAUUGAAUGUAUUCGAGAAGAAACUUAAGCACCAUAAUGAGCGGCAUAACGAGAACGAUGGAACCAAAGAUAAGUAA